AUGAAUUUAACGCAACUGCACUCAGAGAAUUGGGAGGUCUGGCCUUUCAAAAUUCUGUAUCAAAGCGAUCGUUCUCACUUCAACGGCUCAGUAGCUGCUUACUUCUAUCCCAGACUAGAUCAGUUAUUUGAAGAACGGAACGUAGACUCUUACACGAGGGAAGCUCUUCGUUACCUAACACCUUUAUGGGAGGGGGCAGCAUCCGGCACUGAGGACCUCUCCGUUUCGGGAGCUUGGGGACAGUCCAACUACUGGGAAUGUGAGGGGGACUACACUCUGAAAUGGAAAAAAAUGGCACUCGAGGAUAUAAAACUAUCUUCGACUUUUUAUCUAAAAAAAUCCCAAACCCUUCUGAGGAGUUGCCAGUGGUGAACAAGACAGUUCUCGGCAAGCAAGUUACACGGAUAGAGCGCAAAGCGGGAGAAGUAGAGGUGACGUGUGCAGAUGGCAGCACCUACCUUGCUGAUCACGUGAUCGUUACUGUCUCUCUAGGUGUACUC